AUUUAGAAAUUGUUCAAGAAGUUUUUGGUUCGCUACCAGAAAAAACAAUGGAUUUUGAAUUCUUUGACGUAUCUAAAAUUGCCACUCCCAAUAAAUUUUCACCAUCAAAACUUUUAAACCCUGAUGAAUAUCUCGAAGAUGAUGAUUUGGAAGAAGACCUAAAAGAUUUUACAGUUGUUACUAAAGCUACUCCCUUUGCAGUUACUACUCAUAGCAAAGUUUCAGUUCGUCACUUCAAUUUGACGCAUUCUGUAGUUGUCUAUUUUGCGAUGUCAGAUGCAGCUACCGCAGCCUUACACGUGACUAUUCCUGAUCUUAAGAUCGACACUUUCU